UGAAAGACACAGCAUUACUACAUGUACAGAUAUAGAAUGGGGUUGAUGAUCCAAUCCAGCGAUGAAUGCGCUGCAUCUCUAAUCAUGGCUAUGGCUGUCUAAGUGAACUUUGUCAAAUCUAACCUACGGAUGUUACGAUGUUCAGUUAGAAAGCAAUAGGAUGAGACAAAAAGCUUCCACUUUACACUCAACAGAUUCUCCUGUCCUUGAUGCAUCCCCAUCACCCAUCACACACGCCCUUCACAAUCCAUAAUAUAUAUUCACGGCAGUUUUGAAAACCCAGAAAGGUUUUUGACAGUGAGGGAAUUUGUUAGCUGAUAUGAUGAACCCAAAGUAUGAAUCCGAUAUUGGAAGCACGGCCACCACUCCCAAGAGCCUUUCCUACUACGUGCAGAGCCCAUCUCGGGACUCCAAUGACUACGCCGACAAGUCCUCGUCGGCGCAGAACACGCCCACGUUCGACAGCCCACUCGAGUCGCCGUCUUACUCCCCCAGCUACGGGGACUCCGCCUCCAGCCGGGUCUCCGGGAAUCUCCGGUGGGCCAGGGGUAAUCGGAGACGGAGCGAGAAAGGGUGGCGGGAAUGCAAAGUGAUUGACGAGGAGCUUGAUCCCGACAACCCCUAUGGAAACCGAGAAGGUUAUUCAAUCAUUGAAAAACUCCUGAUUGGAAUCGCGGGUUUCUCGUUGAUUUUUGCCGUGCUUUGCUUCAUCAUUUGGGGUGCAAGCCGGCCUUACAAAACCUUAGUCAGUUUAAAGGCGUUGAAUGUUCAUAGCUUCUAUUAUGGACAAGGCUCAGACCACACUGGUGUUCCAACUAGGCUGCUUACAGUGAAUUGUUCACUCAGUAUGGCCACCCACAACCCUGCUACCUUUUUUGGGAUUCAUGUCAGCUCCACCGCCGUCAAGCUCUUCUACUCACAACUUACAGUUGCAACUGGUGAGGUGGAUGAGUAUUACCAACCAAGUAAGAGCUACAAAGAGCUGACGGUGAGGUUGCAUGGGCAUAAGGUUCCCCUUUAUGGGACAGGGACAUCCUUGGUGGAUUUAGAUAACAAAGAUGGGGUUCCAUUGAGGUUGGAUUUUGAGAUGAGAUCACAUGGAUGCCUGGUAGGGAAGUUGGUGAAGACAAAGCACACAAGGCAUGUCUCUUGUUCCUUGAUCAUCAAAUCAGGGAUGACAAAACUUGUGGUAUUACACAAGAAAUCUUGUACAUGGAACUGAGUUCAAAGUGGGAAAUGCAAUCCAGAUUCUCCCCGCAAUUAUUUCGAACUGAUCCACAGAAGUCUUAAAGAAGGUCAUAUAUAAUGACCACAUUAUUGCUUUAAUGCUUCUCAUAUAGUUUUGUAAAUUUUAUGGACUGCAUUUUCAUUUUAAUAGUUACAGACACGUCUACAGAAAACAAUAAUGACAUUGUAGAAAAAUAC